UCGUAAGUCGAGGAGGUUGCCGUAUCCCAGCGGACCUCUCCCCGAUCACACCAACGGAAGUACGGUGUCCGGUUCGAACUUUGUGGUAGUUCUCAACUCGUGCGGGUAACCCACGAAUCGCUUGUGGAGCUCUAAGCAAUGAGAAUGACCCUUGAGGGAAGCAAUUCUGCAGAGACAUUCUCACCAUGGAGUGGCGGCGCCGGAUCGCACCGACUUCUGGUAUGGGACGGGUUUGCUGGGCUGGUGAUCAACUUUUGCCAUUCAUUUCUUUCCUUUUUUUUAUAUAUUUUUCUUAUCCUAUUCCCUUAUUCCAUCUGGAUGGAAUUUUAUGACAGAUAUUUGGGAGCUCGUUCUAGAAAUAAUUCCAUGAUCGAAUUCCUCCUUCGUGGUUCGAACCACGAUCGCCUCAAAAGCAUUACGGUUGGUGGUCAAAGCCUACAACGCAGCAUCACGGUCCCUCGGUCGUCACCAGAAUAGGAGACACACAUUGCAUCAUACAGGUUGACGAUCGUCCAUAGAGCGUAUUAAAUUGAAGAAUAUGUGGGUAUUAAUUUCAGAGUACGUAUGGCAUUGUUGUUCUGUAUCGGAGUAAGGUAUAUGCCAAGGUGAAUAGUUUGAGUGUUAAUUCUUCAACUCAAAUUUAUAAAUCAUCUGUGAAAAUAUUGUGCAUUA